AUGGCUGACGCUUUUGCGCCGCGCUCCAUGAAGCGCAAGAACGUUAAAGGCCUUGCUCUGAAAGCGCCUGCCCCCAAACCGCCGCCGACAGCCGAGAAUGCCCCUCUGGGGCGUGCGAAUGGGAAGAGUGACGAGAACGCCGCGCAGCUCGAGAUUGGUAUCGAGUUCAACCUGGAUCUGAAGCCUGAAGAUCUCGAGAUUAUCAAGGAUCUCGGCGCUGGUAAUGGCGGGACUGUCAGCAAAGUCAGGCAUAUUCCCACAAACACGGUGAUGGCGCGAAAGAUUAUCCACGUCGAAGCGAAGAAGGAGAUGCGCAAGCGCAUAGUCCGCGAACUGGAGAUCAUGCACGGCUGCCAUUCGGAUUACAUCGUCACCUUCUACGGCGCCUUCCUGAACGAGAAUAAUGACGUGAUCAUGUGCAUGGAGUACAUGGAUGUCGGAUCACUCGACCGUAUCUCGCGCGUGUUCGGCCCUGUUCGGGUCGAUGUCCUGGGCAAAAUCGCUGAGGCGACCCUGGGUGGUCUCACUUAUCUCUACUCGAAGCAUCACAUCAUGCAUCGCGACAUCAAGCCUUCGAAUAUUCUGGUCAACUCCCGAGGAUCCAUCAAGCUCUGCGACUUUGGUGUGUCUGGAGAGCUCAUCAACUCGGUUGCCGAUACCUUCGUUGGCACAUCCACAUACAUGGCCCCUGAGAGGAUUCAGGGUGAGAGGUACACGGUCAAGUCGGAUGUGUGGAGCUUCGGUCUCACCAUCAUGGAAUUGGCUAUCGGCAAAUUCCCUUUCGCUGCGAGCGAGCAGCUAUCAGACGCUGAAAGCGCACCGGCCGGUAUCCUUGAUCUGCUGCAGCAGAUUGUGCAUGAGCCAGCGCCCCAGCUACCCAAGAGUGAUGCUUUCCCGCAGAUUCUUGAAGACAUGAUCCAGAAAUGUCUCUACAAGGAGCCUGAGCGACGGCCAACACCCCAAGAGCUCUACGAUCGAGACCUCUUCGUGCAAGCUGCCAAAAGAACCCCCGUUGAUCUGAGAGAGUGGGCUUGCAGUCUCAUGGAUCGGGACAACCGCAAAUCCCAUCUUGCGCCUCAGCUUUCCCCAGCCACUCAGGACCUUCUGCGCUCAAGUGACUCCCCAACAACAUAUGGAACUCAGCAGACACCCACUUCAGGGUACCGAAUCGACCCACGACAAGCCGCGGAUCAUGCCAACUUGGCUGCUCAAGUCGAUCGCCUGUACAUCCGAGACUGGGAGCACGAAUAA